GACCGGAAACGGGCCGCGCUGCUUCCGGUGUCGCUCUGGUCCAUCUUGUUUUUGGCUCGAACAAAACGCGGCUAAAACGCGUCCAUUCCGCCUCCAGAGCCCAGCGCCGCGCUUCCGAACCGGACCGGACUUGUUCCUCGCGUCCUUUCUCCGGUACCGGGAGCCGUGAGGAGCUGGAGCCGCGGGCGAACCGGAGCCACACCCAGAAACGAGGCGAAUGUCCCCGUUAGCAGCGCGGCUAAGUCAGGCUAACGCCGCCGCCUCCGAGCCGCGCUCCGAGCCCCGCCGCGCGCGCUGAAACCCGGCGGGACCGCGGGGCUGCGCCGGGACCGGGACCGGGUCUGGACCGGGGCUGGUGUCCGGGGAGACGGAGCGGGAGCGAGGGGACAUGUGGACGCCGUGUGCGGACUGAGAGCUGCAGGAGGACCGGGGGAGGCGGCGGAUCGGGACCCGUUAGCUCCGAGGCUAACUCUUGUUUUUGGGAUCCACAUUAAGCCGCGGCCCUGGCCAUGCCCUCGAAUGCCCGCGCGGGGAACCUGAAGGACCCUGAUGUGGCAGAGCUCUUCUGUAAAGAUGAUCCAGAAAAACUUUUCUCCGACCUCCGAGAGAUCGGACACGGGAGCUUCGGCGCCGUCUACUUCGCUCGAGACGUGCGGAACAAUGAGGUGGUGGCCAUCAAGAAGAUGUCGUUCAGCGGCAAACAGACCAACGAGAAAUGGCAGGACAUCAUCAAAGAGGUGAAGUUUCUCCAGAAGCUCCGUCACCCGAACACCAUCGAGUACCGCGGCUGUUACCUCCGAGAGCACACGGCCUGGUUGGUGAUGGAGUACUGUCUGGGCUCGGCCUCUGACCUGCUGGAAGUCCAUAAGAAGCCUCUACAGGAAGUGGAGAUCGCCGCCAUUACCCACGGUGCACUGCAGGGCCUGGCGUACCUGCACUCGCACAACAUGAUCCACAGGGACGUGAAGGCGGGGAACAUUCUCCUGACUGAACCUGGGCAGGUCAAACUGGGCGACUUUGGCUCCGCCUCCAUCGUGGCGCCGGCAAACUCCUUCGUGGGCACCCCCUACUGGUGA